GGCGGGCUUUUGAAAAGAGUAGGCGCGAUUUUACAAAAGUUUUUCGAAAAUUAUUAAAACUUAGUUAAACACUGUAAAUUAAUACUGUAAUAUAUUGUAAUUAACUUGUAUAUACUUGGUGUAUAAAAUGGAGGAGCCUCCGGGGGCUGGGUCCCCUGGGGGUGGAGAUCGAGCUUCCCCGCCCAAUCUGAAGAGGGGCCGGGACAAUGAUGAGGAAGAGUCUCUGCAAUCCACAAGGGACUAUUCCGACAUGUACAUACCCUAUACAAAACCUAACUACAAGAGAGUGUUUCCAGACGUGAGUACCGGCAGCGGCAGCGGUGAGUACCUCGUAUUUGUAGAAAGCACGAAGGCGGGCGAGCGGCUCGGGAACAAGAAUCCCCUGAUGUUGGCCACAUUAUUUCGGAAUGAAAUUAAAGGAGUCACAAACAUAAAGCGAAUCAACGCAAGCAAAAUAGGAGUGACCUUCUCUCAGACAAACACUGCUAACAAUUUUCUGAAAAACGAGAGUUUCCUUCAGAAAUAUGAAAUGAAGGCGUUCAUUCCAGCCAGGUCUGUGGAGAAAAUCGGCGUUUUAAGAUUUGUACCCACAAACAUAAGCAAUGAGGAACUUUUUAGGAAAUUACAGUCGUCAUUAGAAAUAGUGGCAGUACGGCGCUUUACGCGCAAGGUAAAUGGUGAAGUUAAGCCAUUUAAUUCUGUGAGUGUGACAUUUUUGGCAAAUUCGUUGCCCGAAGCUGUCUACCUGGACAUCUUCAGGUUCCAGGUACAUGAGUAUGUAGCACCGUUGUUGCAGUGCUUCAAGUGCUUCAAAUUCAAUCACGGAGCUAAAAUAUGUAAGUCGGCUCAACGGUGCUCCAUAUGUGCCGGGGACCAUCAUUAUUUAGAAUGUAAGAAUGAAGCUGUCAAAUGUAUCAACUGUAGCGGAGAGCACCUGGCCAUUUCAAGGGACUGCCCCAUAAAACAAACUAAAAUUCAUGAAUUAAAAAAUAAAACAUACGCUUCGGCGAUGAAAAAUAACAAAAAUGACAACAUUUUUCAAAAUUAUGGGAAGGACUUUCCAGCACCACGUGCCAGAAAUCCUAAGUAUGCCUCUUCCAUGAAAGCACCAGCAGCUGCAACACCAGCAGCUAAAACAAUACUUAAAACUAAUGAAAAUAUAACGGAAAAGUCUAAGGUACACGAAAGGGAGACUAUUCAGAAUAAAACAAAAACAAUUUUAAGUAACGAAAAUUUAAUAAAUGAAAUUUUAUCCAAUGAAAUUGUACUGAAGGGAUUGGUUGCCGCGUUGGUGGCCAUUGGCAAUGGUGGUAGGACGAUAACAACAACAGUAAUAAAAGAAAUUUUAACAAAAACACUAAAAAAUGAAUAAAGAUUUUAUUAGAAUAUCACAAUAUAAUAUAGAGGGCGCUAUGAACAAAAAACCAUUGUUUAUAAAAUAUUUAUAUGACAACGACAUUGAUAUUUGUCUAUUAAAUGAGACCUGGCUUAGAGAUAAAAAUACUUUUAAUAUACCCAGCUACAACUUCGUCUACCAAAACGGUAAGGACGGACGAUGUGGUGUAGGUAUAUUAGUAAAAAACCAUUUAAAAUAUACAGUUUCUCCCACACCCUUUUAUGAAUUCUUGCAAACCACGGCUAUAAUCUUAUCAACUAAUGCUGGUAAUCUGACAUUAUUAUGCGCAUACAGUCCACCUACUAAUAACAACCAGCGUAGGUUUCAAGGAAGAAGAUUAAAGCAAAUUUUAAAUGAUUUACCUAAACCUAUUAUGCUAUCAGGCGACCUUAAUGCACAUCAUGUUGCCUUUGGUUGCCUUUCCACUAACUCCAGAGGUAGUGAGAUAUACAAUAUUAUAGAUGAAUACGACUUAUGUAUUCUAAAUACUGGAACUCCAACCACAGUAGGUAGCCCUAAUAAAAAUCCCUCAGCAAUAGAUAUAUCCUGCAUAAGUCCAUCCUUAGCUUCACUCUGCCACUGGAGAGUUCAUGAUGACUCCAUGGGCAGCUAUCACUUUCCCACUAUUAUUGAUAUACAGACUUCAGUACAUAAAUAUGAAAUAGGUAGUCCCAUUGAUCGUUUUGUGUACAGCAAAGCUGACUGGCUGAAGUUCUUAUCUGAAACAGAACAUAAAUUGGGAGACUUAGUAAUAAAUAAUUCUUGUCCUCUUGAAAGUUACAAUGAAUUUUGCAAUAAAUUAAACGAAAUCAAAGAAA